AUGACUGACCGCGCAGGGCCAGAUGCAAAACCAAAAUGCACACCAGCCGAACUAAUGCUGAAGGUCAUCUUGACGGGGACCUUGAGCCACUAUGAAACCCGCGGCAUGGUUGACGACAAGAGACUGGAGCAUAUGCUCUCCGCUGGGAAGCAGAUUUUGUACAAGACGCACCAGGAGAGUGAUGUCAGACACAAUCUGGGUUUGUCGCCAGACAUCUGGCAGGGCUUCACAGACGUACUCACCAAAGCAAUCCCUGUCCUCGAGGCCCAAUCAUUCGCAUGGAAGAGUCCCCCGUCCGUUAAUUACGACCAUUCGUCCUCCAACCUCAUCGCAUUCAACUAUUUCUCGCUGGUCAAGGAUAUCGAACGCUUAAAUGACCUUUGCACGAUCGCCCGCAACCUCCUCGCCACGACAAAGAAGGCGCAAAACAUGGCAGCAGAGAAAGGGUUCGAUCAACGGAUUAUAGCGCUGGUGGAUACAUGCGUGAGGGUUACGGCGCGGGGCUUCGACGGGGAAACCAAUGCGAGGAACGAGGAGCGAUGGCAGAAGGUCGUCAACCUUUACAAACGUCUGUUAAUCACAUGCCUGCAGUUUUUGCACAAUUUCAUCAUGCACAAUGAGCAGCGGAAGAUGGUGCUUUGGCUGGAUUUGUUUGGCUAUCAUUCUACGGGGGAUACGAACAUUAUUCAGCCCAAGGAGCCGUUGGAUCAGACGAUUAGCAAGCCGGAGGGUGUCGCGCCGAUUGUUAAGUCUGGGGAGAGGAUUGUUAAUCCGCCGAUCCGGGCUCUGUAUGAUCAGACUGCGGAGGAUCUGCUGUUGGAGACUAUCUCCAAUUUCCCGAGAGAGCCUGCGACGAUCAAGGAGGAAGCAGCUAUGCUGCUUCUCGCCAAUAUCAAAGAUCACAUGGAAAAGCUUUUGGGACGAGACUUGACGGCAAUCCAGGAAAUGGGUAAAGAUCCUGAGCAGGUUAAAGAAAUCCGGGCAGUUCUUACCGCCAUACUCGGUGCGAAGGUGGACGGAUGGUCAGAUCUUCAGGAUAGGGCCAGGGACCUUCCUCCAGCUCUUCCGGAGGAUGAACCGCCGCGCAAAAAGUCUAUUCUUACCAUCGACCGCAGUCCUACUGCAGGCUUCCCUCGGAUCUGCUGGGCCGAUCUCCCUGACCUUGCCGAGUUCAGUGCCGUCGCUUCAGGGGAUGCCGUUGUGGCCGAAGAAGAUACUGGUAUGCCGCGUUCCGCACAGUCCGCCGCAGAGACAUUACAAGAAGCCAAGGAUGAGCUUAUGGCACGAUUGCAAGAAACGUCGCAAAUGGGUGACGAUGGUGGCCAAGAGUAUGACCAUCCCGAUGGUGGGACAGUUGCCGAUGACGACUCGCGUAGUCUGGAGGCUGUCGCGGACGGAAGCAUGGAGGAGGAAGAGGAAGAAGAUGACGAGGAUGAUGAUGACUACAGAGGCCGCCCAGGCGAUCAACAACGGGGUUUGUUGACUGAUAUUCCGCUUGUGCUUGGACCUGCGGAAAUUGAAGCUCUUCCGAUGAUUGUCCAGGCCGGCAUUGUCGACAGCUUUGGUCUCAAAGGAGGCGAGAGGGUUGGCUCGAGGAAUAUGCAGGCACUUCGAUGUCACAUACUGUUGACCCAGGAGACCGGCCGCAACCUGCUUCGCGAACUGUUGAUCUUCAUUGCCGCCUGGGAUCUUCCUGACGACGAGCUGUACUUCAAGAUGAUGGUGCAAAUCAUGGAUGCGGUGCUUAAGAACGGCUUGAUGUCUCACGCUUAUUCCGACUUUGGGCAACCAAAGGAUAUCAUUUCCCCAGCGCAAGCCGUGGUGGUCAAGAUCUUGACCCACAUCUUCCGAUCCAAGUACUCUCCUGCAUCCGUGACAGGAACACAGCCCAAUCCCUCAAAGAACCCCGCGCCCCUUUCCAGAGUCGACGUCCUCACCGUGCGCUACAUCUUCACCAUCUUCCGCGGAAACAUCAUCCCCGAGACCUGCGCCCUGAUCUACCUCCAAGGCCAGAUCCGCGCCGGACGCGCACUGCCAGAGGACUUCCCGCUGAAUCUGUGGGACAUGGAACGCGUCUACGAAGGAGUCUACCAGUUCCUCGAGUUCUUCGCUGUCCUCACCGAAAACAAUGACUGGAAGAAUCUGCUCGUCAAGUGGGAGAUCGUGUACGACCUGGUCACCCUGAUCAAGGAGCUCGAGGCUAGCAUUCCCAAGGGCCAGUUAAGCUCUCUGCCCAUGGGGAUCCCUCCACGGCACACCAGUCCUCCCAAAGAUAGCCCGCAGCCAGGUACAAAUGGUGGCCCCGUCGCCGUCGAACGACCCUACGACCCCAGCGACCCUGACCCCGCAGAUGCCGGGCCAGGCUCGGGAGCCGAGUCACCACCGAUCACAGAGGACCCCUCCGAGUUUGAAUGGCGGAAUCUCAAGAAACUGGUCGUGCUCGUGCUCUCGUCGCUCGUUUGGAAGUGCUCCGAAGUGCAAGACCAGAUCCGGAGAUACGGUGGUCUCGAGACGAUUCUCUCAUGCACAAACUUCGAUGCGCAUAACCCCUACAUUAAGGAACAUGCCGUCAUGUGUCUCAAGUUCCUGUUAGAAGGGAACCGAGAGAACCAGAAGAUGGUGGAAGAGCUUGAGGCGAGGGAGGUUGUCAAGGAUGAUGGAGGGUUAUUGGAACGGAGUGGAUUCGAGGCUGUGAUCGAUAAAACGGGAAAGUUGGCUAUUCAGCCCAAGUCGGAUAAUAACGGGGUUACUAGGAUAACUAUGUGA